UGGUGGCAAACCUGCAGGUCCAAGCGGCACCAAAGCUCUCGCAGAGUCCAAGCUCCCACGCCUCCUCAGCCGCGCUUCAUUCUUCCUCCAACUCCAACUCCAUGGAUCCAGUCCCAUCUCACUGCGGUACCGGCGUCGGCAUUAUUAUUAACUUACCCACUCUCCUCCGGCAAACUGCAGCACCGUAGCUUUUUGAAACCGAGAGGGCGGAACAACCUGGGUGGCACAAGCCCGUGACGAUCAAUGCACUAUAGAUAGCAAUCCCCGCUGGGCGGUUUUUGAGAUAUCAUCGCAGCGUUGAUUGUAUCACGUUCCUGUGAGAUAGUCCCUUCGAGGAUCCUUCCCAUCUCCACGCGUCGGAUUUCUGGUUUCCUGCCCCGCCAACUUUUCUCAACUUGCUUUAGGAUCCGUGGCAGCCAAUUCACAUAACCUGGCUAGACUCGUAGGCCCUGUGUAGAUCUGGUCAGACAUCGAGCUUUGGUUUUGGUUGCCACCAGUCCCGUCUUUUUUCCCCAUAUAUUGCACAGCUUCGGUUGGGUGUUUUGAAGCCAGUGACUCGGAAGAGCCGGUCUCUGAGGGUUGUUGCAGUGAGAAGCGAAUCGCAUUGGUUCCACAUUUCGAGUAGUGUCGUCUGUUGUUGUAGUUCUUGCUUCUUGUUUUUGUUGAGGCGGAAUUUAUCGGUGGCUUGAGAGUUUUGAGGUGGUGUGGUUUGUCGGCGUUGGACUGAAGGAGGCUCUGAAGAUGGGAAGCCGGAUGAGAGAGGUGUUUUAUGGCGAACCUACUUAUCACACGAGCUACCACCAGCAUAGUAUGCCCAAUCGGGGUUACUCUCGGAGCCACUCAGUAUAUCCCGAUCGAUCCCGCGGCCAUGAGGUACCCGUGCUCGAGCUCAGAGUUCCCAUGUGCUGCGAGAAGUGCAAGGAGAAGGUGAAGGAAGCUCUGGAGGAGCUAGACGGCGUGGAGGACGUCGUUUGCGAUCAAUACAACCAAUUGGUGACCAUUACUGGGUAUGUUGAUGACAUCCGGGCGCUCAGGAAGGUGAAGAAGGUGAAAAAGAAGUCUGAGUUUUUUAAGAGAGGAAGCUAUAUCGAGAGUUCGGGCUACUCGGGCGAUCGCUCAGGUCACCACUACAUUGAAAGCGACACCAAUUACAUCAAUAGCCGCAUGGUACACAACCAUUCCUACGGAAGCGGCUUAACUCGGUCAAACUCCUUUGGCAGAGGAUUGGGAAGAUUGCCUUCAUUUGGCAGAUUGUCGCCUUACGUCGAUCACAACGAUCGAUACAACGACUUCGAGUCAAGGUAUUCGCAGAGGGAAUCGCAGGGCUUCCGCCGCAUGCCUUCCUUCAACCGCCACCGUCACCAUGACGCCGAGUACAUCUCCAUGGACAACCAGUACACACCGUAUUACGGAGAGCCCCAGUACGUUAGCAACCAUAUGGAGCGGCCGGUGUACCGCUCACAGCGAUCUUUUUCCCAAGUUCCGGUCACCAAUCCCUACUACAUCCAGCAAAUUGAAUCGGAAUAUUACUGAGGAGAUUAUGUUCAUUGUAGGCAUGCGAGAAGAGCUCGUUUAGAUGUUAACGGUUAAAAAUAUAGUGAAGAAGAUGUUGUGGACAAACCUAACAGUGCAGCUCAUGCAGCAUUGAGCGGAAAAUUUUGGCGUUUGGUUUAGUCAUAAUGCGAAGCUGAAAAGAAAUGGGGGCUUGCAAUUGUUUAUAGGUUCGGCAUAUUCUUAUGAUUAAUAAUAUUAGAUUAGUACAUACUCACAUUGCAAUGCUAGUCUGGAAUUCAUUCUCGGAGGUUGUGGUUACAGUGACAAGUUGGGUGGCAGACAGAAUUGUUGAAAAGCCAAGUGUGUUGGAGUUAGUGGUGUCUGUGUUUCUCUUUGGAGAGGUUUGUGACACCCGCUGUCAAAUAAGUUGUAUAGUAGCAGGGAAUUACAUGGUAAAUUGUCACAGGUUUGAUA